CUACGAGCCCAGUUCGCCGUGCUGAAGAAGGGCGUCCUCGAGGAGAAGGCAAAGAGCGAGGAGCUGGCGGAGACGGUGAAGGCCCGCGACCAGGCCGCCCGGCGAGCCGCCCAGGAGACGGAAAGUCUGCUCUUUCGCAACCAGCAGCUGACCAAGCGGAUUGCCGUCCUGCAGAACGACAUUGACGAGACUGCCGCCGCCGCCUCGACGCCGCAGAAACGAGCCGCCGGAUUUCUCUUUGCCGGAGGAGAUGGCCAUGGCAGCGCACAGAAGAAUCGAAGCGCCUCAAACGCCUCAAGUGCCUCAUUUUCAGCUGUAGGAGCUGGAGCCUCAGCGGUGAACGCCGACCUCGUCGAGGAGAUUCACGCCGAGCUGCGCAGCAAGCUGGAGGAAAAUGACCGCCUCCAGGAGCUGGUGCGGACGAUGGAGGCGGACCGAGAGCAGGAGCUGAAGGCCCUCGAGCGGCGACUCAGGGAGGAGGCCGACUCGGCGGUCAACGCCCGGCUGGAGACGCUCAACGGCGAGCUGAAGGCGCUCACCGGGGAGCUGGCGAAGAUGAAGGCGGAGAAGGGCGCCCGGGAGGCGAAGCUGGCCGAAUGCCUGAAGAGCCUCCAGGAGACGACCGCCUCGGUGGAGACGCUGUAA